CAAAUUAUUACAGAAAGGAAAGCAUGGGUCAAUGCUGCAUGGGAGAAAAUGAAUAGCGGCAUCUCUGUUAAGACACCAAAGUUACUUAUAAAUAAAUCCAGUUCAACAGGGAACAAAACCGCACAAAAAUAUUCUUCUGUGAGGAUUUCUCCUUUCCCCCAAUUCAAGCAUUGGAUGGCGAAUCUUGGUCUGCUACCCAAGAAGGCAUCAUCCGGGCAAGAGCUGCCACAGAAGAGGCCGGCUUCUGUACAAAAUGGCACCAGCAAAGAUGUCAAGCGGCUUGCUGCUGCAGCUCUAUCUGCAGUCAAAGAUGCUGCUGCCGUUGCUGCAGGCAGGGGAAAAGUAGAGGUAAAACACUAUCCUUUCAAAUGGAUAUGGGAAUCGGUUGCUUGUUGUUUUUUAUAGGAUCUACAGUUAUCUUUAUGCAUCAAUGGUCAAAAUGAUGAAAAUCGUAUUAUCUUUGUUAUUACUCUGCGCGCGGUUCUACCUGCUCUCCCAAAAAUGAUUUCCUAUUCUACUGGUUAUCCGAUGGGUGGCUUUGAAGAUCUAUGCAUACAAACAACUAGAUAAUACACAAUCUGCUCCAUUUACGUCAUCUCCCAAUAGUUGCACCAAUUUCUUUCUUCUUCUUCUUCUUUUUUUUCCGGAUAUAGUGCAACGUUGUAUUAUUGUUUCAUUGAAGAAAAAGGUGGACCUAUAAGGUAGUUGUAAAUAUGAAGUAUACUAGUGAAAUAGUUCAUCUCUCUGCUUUUCCAUGCAAUCUUUGAUGACAUAAAAAUCAUGGUUAAUGUGGAAUUGGAUUUGUAAUUCAUUAAAAUGGCACUGAUUACCAUAACCUCAUUUGACCUGAGUUUGAACCUUUUCUCACUGGUAUAACCAAGCACAGCAACAACGAUGUCAUGGGUCUGAUCCCAGCUUACUGCUAAAUAGAGGGGAAAAAAAACUCGUUCCUGGUGGAGAAGAAUCAAUGUUCGACGGCUCAACUCCACCUGGAAAUUGAUU